UCCGAGUGAAAUAAUAUAAGAAAUUAUUUAUUUCGGCGUUUUUACCGCUGAUAUAUUUUUUUCCAUAUGUCAGAUUACGUUCCGCCAAGAGAAUUUUCUCGAAAAACGAGGUUUUUGUCGACAUGAAGAGUCACGUGGGCUAAAUUCUUUCACCGUCCCGCACCGAAGUUAUAAAAGGGGGUAACCGACCCAAAAUCGGGAAUUCAUGUUCAGGCUUUCAGAUAGUUGAGUAGUAGUUUUCAGUAGUUUAGAUAGUAGAGAUUUUCAGAUUCAGUAGUAUAGUAAAGUUAGUUAGUUAUUCAGAUAGAUUUAGGUAGUAGAUAGUUCAGUAGAUAGAUAUAGUUAGAUUUAGAGGUUUAGGUAGUAGUUUAGUUUUAGAAAAGACAUUUUGGUUAAGUGGUUACCAGGUGACCGGAAAAUAGUAAAAUUGGCAAAGAGGAUGUCAGAGAGUCUGCAUAGUCGCUGGGCAGAAAUCCGGUGGGGAGAUGAGGUGGUGUACGAGCCACGAAGCUCAUCACCGGAGACAAUACCGGAAGUACCGGUGUUGAGGAGAAGAACGGUGACAGAGGUGAGGAUGUCUAGAGCCCCCCAGAGCUCAGUGUCGUCAGUGCGAGGGAGAAACACCCUAGCAAGAGUGGAGAGGGUGGUGAAACGGACCACUACCCAGUCUACACAAACACCCCCUUUGUGCCAGCUGCGUGCCAAUCAAACCACACCGGCCCCCAAGAGUGUUCGUACAGUCGGUACGACAGGAUCUAAGGUCUAUCUGGAGGUGAGAUCCAACACGUGCUGGAAGUGCGGCAAGACAUGCCCUCGCGGCAGGAGUGUCGAGGUCCACCACUCCUAUUUUGCAGCAGAUGUGGUUUGA